AUGGCGCCGAGUCGACCCGAAAAGAAGGAAAAGUCCGAUCCGGGCGCCCUUCUAGACGACGCCGAGACCCUAUUCGAAGUCGGCAACAUUGAGGAAGCGAUUGGCCUCGCCGACAAGGCCUUGACGACGACUGGCGAAGGCGGCGAUUUCGAGCUCCGAGCCGUCAACCUCCUUGCUCUGCUACACAUUGAAGACGGCGAAGUGGAGGAAGCCCGCUCAUUUUUUGAGCGCGCCGCCAACAUUGACAAGGAUGGCGAAAUGGACGAAAAGGUCGGUGGCGGUCCCGAAAAGUUUCUGUUCCUCGCCGAGCUCAGCGAAGAGGGCGGCCAGGACACUGUCAAGUGGUUCGAUCGCGGCGCCGCGGCGCUCCGCAAACAGAUUCAGACCCUCGACGCCGUCAGCAACAAGACUCCCGAGCAGAAGGCCGCAUACCAAGAGAAGCAAAAGAAGCUCGGCGGAGUGCUCUGCGCCGUCGCCGAAGUUUACAUGACAGAUCUGUCGUGGGAAGAGGAUGCCGAGCAGCGCUGCGAGGCGCUCGUCACAGAGGCCAUGAUGAUUGCGCCCGGCUCGUCCGAGACGUGGCAGACGGUCGCCAAUGUGCGCAUCUCACAGGAGCGCAACGACGAAGCCCGUACUGCCCUCAAACGCAGCCUGGAGCUUUGGCAGGACCUCGCCCCCGAAGACCCCGCUGUGCCCGACUUCCCGACCCGCAUUGCGCUGGCCCGUCUGCUUCUCGAGACGGAAAUGAUGGAGGAUGCGCUCGUGGUUCUCGAGCGUCUCGUCACCGACGACGACGAGAGCAUCGAGGCUUGGUAUCUCGGUGGCUGGGCGCUGUACCUGGCCGGCGAGAAGUUCCGCGAUGCCAAGGGCAGUGCAAACGGUGCCGACCCUUCGGAGGAUCUUACGAUUACCUGGAAGUCGUCGCGACGCUGGCUGGCCCAGUGCCUGAAACUCUUCGACGUCCAGGAGUACGAGGACGAAAGACUGGGCGAGCACGCCGUCGAGCUCGUUCUCAGCAUUAAUAAGGAGAUUGGCGAGCCCGAGGAGGGCGAGGACGAGUGGGACGUCGCCAGCGAUGAGGACGAGGAUGAUGAUGAGGACGAGGAAAUGGAGGACUAA